CUUUAGCGGGUUAUUUGGUGUUGUGUUUUUUUUUUUACUUUCAUAUGUUAUAGGAAAGAUUAGUGUUUAUAUUGCACAUGACAUUAUCUAAAUAUAUAAUACUUGUGGUGCUUGAUAGACCAAAGUAAACUUUAGUUUACAACGUGUCCUGGCUUUGGCAAUUCGCUAACUCCGCCUCUGGGCACUAUACAUUGUUCAAUGAAUCCUUCCUUUAAUUGCCGUGAAGUUUGUAGCAGACAGUUUGGGAGGACGAUUUAAGCAAGAGUUGUACGUGAUUCAGUCAUUCAGUGCACUCACGACAACCAGGAUGCAGUACCAUGCUACACGGUAGUCUCAAUUGACUUUGCAUUUUCAGCCAGAGGCACUAGUGGUACCUGAUCACAAGAAAGCUCUAGUCGCCUUGCCGAAAGACCUCUUCAACCCCAGUGGGAAGUCAACGGAAGUUAGUUGACACUCCCUUAGUCUAAAAUAUAAGGUGUAUUGAUUUAUUUUUUCAAAGACAAACAUGUGCAUGUCUGACCAAAUAUUUAGACAAAAACAUAUAUCUACAAUAUCAAAUAUAUACCAUUUGAUCCAUCAUGAAAAGUAUUUUUGUAUUUUACCUAGGAUCUAAUAACGCCCGAACGUUCAAUUUUUGACCAAACCAAAUCAAACGUUUUUUACGGCAAUUUUGGUGACACGAGGAUGACAAGUUUAAUUGACAUGCAUAGCAAAUCCAUACUCGGUGUAUUUUUUCAAGAAAAUUGUUGUGUGUGUCAACUAAACUUUUCAUCCAUGCGUCACUAAAAUUGCCAUCGAAAACAUUCAAUUUGCCAUGGUUAAAUCCCGAACGUUCAUGAUUUAUCAUUUCUGUUUAUCUAUUAUUAGGUAUUGCAGAUAUUAAUAUUUUAUUCUAUAUUCUUUGUAAAAACAUCCAAAUAUUUGAUUUUUACGAAAAAAUAUGCACCUUAUAUUCUAGGACUGAGGGAGUAGAUAGCAAUGGGCUUGACCGCGUGAGCACCAAUCUCACAAGGGUAUUCCUCCCGGCUGGAGUAGAAUUGCUUGCCUUGUCAAGGCCCAAGCUUGGCCAAGAAUUAGUCCGAGCCCCAGGAAUUACAACGGGAAACCCAGAAGGCAGAACGGACAGCGGGGAUGUCACAAGGAUGUCAUACAGAUCAAGGCCUAUCCAACGUGAAGAAACUUCUAUGCUACUUCAAAUCUCUUCAAGGAAGAUGGAGAAGCAUAGUGAAGUGCUACAAGAAAGAAAGAAAUAACAAACUACGAGUACUACUGUACUUGGUUACAAUGAUCAUAUAACAUAUCCCUAGUAUAUCAAUACUCCUUGUGCAAGGGACCUAUUAGGAACAUGUAUUUAGUUUUGCCUUGCACGCAAGUAUAAGAAGAUUCCCAGACCGGAAUAAAAUAAAACAAGCAUGAUCUUUAAUUUGGCAUUGCGUGACAUUUCAGGGGACAGUGACAAUACCAUGAUAAUGCAGAAGUCCAUGGCUCCAUGCUAAGGAUCGCUGGCACCAUGGCUAUCAGGGCAUUAUGCAGGCGGCCUAACCACUUGUGGCUUGUCCACCUCCCCUUCUUUUUUCUAACAAGUUGUCCACCUCUUCAAGUGGGCAAUAGCUACCAUAGCAUGUCAAAGACGGCAUAACAUAAACACACAAAAAGAAAAUAUAGCUCAAGCUUGCUAAAUGAUUAUCAUCGCUGCCCAGAGGAAGAAAAAUGUUUUAGCGAUGCCGGUUUUUUUUUCAAGAUCACCCCAGAGAGGGGCAGGGGUUUUAUAAGGAAAAUUGGACCCGAAAACCCAACAUUCUCGGCUAAUCAGGGAAAACCGAAUGAAAACCCACAAAGAAAGAAAAAAGAAAACGAGAAAAAGAGACACAAGAACUAGGGGAUAGGGACGAGACAAAAACUAAUGCUGACGCCGAUUCAAUCAAGGAUUAGCAUCUCAUAACCAGCUCAAUAGCAACAUCAUCAAGGUCCAUAAUAAACUAAUGCUCAGAAAACAAUGCCAAUAUGAAACAAAAGGACAAUCAUAAAUUGCAAAAAAUCAGAAAUAAAACCACGGGACAAACUAUUUUCCACCGUGCAUCUUACGUCAAUUUGGACUUCAAACUUCCUAAAAAGGACAACUUCAAAAUAGGAAAAAAAUCCCAUUACAGUCCUCUGUCUAGAAGCUGCCGCGACUGACUGAGAUAAGAUAGUCGUCAUAAAGAAAAAAUAACCUAUCCGCAUGUUAGACCAAGAAACUGAAGCAUGAGUUCAAAUUGGACUCUAUGAAAGGGCCUUCGCAGCAAGUGGGAAAUUAAUUACGACCACACGCAUACAUACAUGAUGAAAAGAGCAAGCAUAAAUGGAAGCAGUACCUUCGGCCAAACAACUCGCUGAACACCAAGAAAAAUGAACACAUUCCUCUUCCUUAUCAUUCUUCCAUUGCUCACCGCUCUGCCAUGCUCAUAUUCUCAGUCGACGCUAAGCACUGGCUCAUCCUUAUCUGUAGAAGAGCAUAGGCAGACCUUCCUUACCUCACCAAAUGAUGAUUUCUCUUGCGGCUUCCAUGAAGUUGGAGAGAAUGCAUUCACCUUCUCUAUCUGGUUCAGCACCACCAUGGAAAAGACUGUUGUAUGGUCUGCAAACCCCAGGUCCUUCGUGAAUGGCCAUGGUUCCAUGGUGUCUCUGAACCAUAAUGGAAACUUGGUCCUCACUGAUGUUAAUGGCACCGUAACUUGGGAGAGCAAGACAAGCUCUGGCAAGGGCACGGUGGCUUCUCUUCUUGACACUGGCAACCUCGUAAUCAAAGGCUCCACUGGUGCAAUUUUGUGGGAAAGCUUCUCUUCACCAACAGAUACAUUGCUGCCUUUGCAGAAUUUCACAAAAAAUACAAGGCUGGUCUCCAGUUAUUACAGCCUUUAUUUUGACAAUGACAAUGUGCUACGCCUCAUGUAUGACAGUCCAGAAAUAUCAAGUAUCUAUUGGCCAAGUGCAGACUACACAGUGCGUCAAAAUGGGCGGACUAGCUACAACAGCUCUAGGAUUGCAGUCCUCGACACUGAAGGAUUUUUCCUCUCAAGUGAUGGGCUGAAUGUCAAGGCUUCUGAUUGGGGUAAUGGAGUCAAGAGAAGGCUGACAAUUGGUUCUGAUGGAAACCUCAGAAUGUACAGUCUGAAUGUGUCAAAUGGGAGUUGGAUAGUAUCAUGGCAGGCUAUAGCAAAACUGUGUGAUGUGCAUGGGCUGUGUGGAAAAAAUGGGAUAUGUGAAUUCUUGCCAAGUUUCAGGUGUUCAUGUCCCCCAGGAUAUGAGAUGACCGAUCCGCAAAACUGGAACAAAGGUUGCAAGCCACAAUUCAGUAAAAGCUGCAGCAAAGCAGAAGAGUAUGACUUCAUCAAGCUCCCACAAACCGACUUUUAUGGCUUUGAUCUGACCAAUAAUGUGUCCUCACUUGAAGAAUGUAAAAAGACAUGCUUGAACAUUUGCUCCUGCUCAGCUCUCACGUACAAGGUGGGAUAUGGACUUUGCUACACCAAAGCUGUACUCUUCAAUGGUUACAGCUCCCCAAAUUUUCCUGGCGACAACUAUAUCAAACUACCCAAGAAUAUGAGCAUCUCCAGACAAUCUCGUCUUACAUGCAAUCCGGAUAUUCCAGUGAUUGUACAAGGAUCGGCAAGUAUGUAUGGAAUGGAUGAUGUCAACAAGAGUUAUACAAUUUAUUAUGUGUUUGCAGCAAUACUGGGAGCUCUAGUCUUGCUCUUUAUCGGUACAAGCUGGUCGUUUCUUUACAGCAAGCAAAACAUACCUAAGUCAAUGGAAGAAGGCUAUAGGACUGUAAUGAGCCAGUUCAGGAUGUUCAUCUAUAGGGAAUUAAGGGAAGCGACUGGAAAGUUCAAGGAAGAGAUUGGAAGAGGGGGCUCUGGAAUUGUUUACAGAGGCGUACUUGAAGAUAAGAGAGUUGUGGCAGUGAAGAACUUAACUAGCGUUUCACAUAGUGAGGAGGAAUUCUGGGCAGAAAUGAAUAUAAUCGGAAGGAUCAACCAUAUGAAUUUAGUACGGAUGUGGGGUUUUUGCUCUGAGGGUCAACACAAACUGCUGGUGUACGAGUAUGUGGAGAAUGAAUCACUUGACAAGUUUAUAUUUGGUAAUCUAAGUGCUGAGAGAUUACUGGCAUGGAGCCAACGAUUCAAAAUAGCACUAGGAACAGCAAGAGGCUUGGCGUACCUCCAUCAUGAGUGCCUUGAGUGGGUAAUCCAUUGUGAUAUAAAGCCAGAGAACAUACUCCUGACCCGAGACUUCGAAGCAAAGAUAGCAGACUUCGGACUAGCCAAACUCUCAAAGAGAGACAGUUCCAGUUUCAAUCUCACCCACAUGAGAGGAACAAUGGGCUACAUGGCGCCAGAGUGGGCACUGAAUUUGCCGAUCGAUGCAAAGGUUGAUGUAUACAGUUAUGGGGUUGUACUUCUCGAAAUUGUGACUGGAAAUAGGAUCUCAAGUGGGAUUACAGUGGAUGGGAAAGAGGUGGAGUUUAUACAGUUUGUGCAUGCAGUUAAAGAAUUGCUGGGGAGUGGAGAUGUCAAGGUUAUAGCUGAUGCUAGACUGAAUGGCCAUUUCAAUCCUGAGCAAGUGGCGGUAAUGAUGAAAUUGGCUCUAUCUUGUCUCGAAGAAAGAAACAGCAGACCUACAAUGAAUGAAAUUGUAAAAGCUCUACUGGCAUGUGAUGACGAAGACAAUCACCCAGCCUACUCACGGUGACCGGCAAUAAACAACAGUGUAUUAAUUGCAAGAAGAAGAAUUGGUCUAGUAUAUUGUUUGAUAUUUGAAAGUAAAAGAAAAUGUUGCUAGAGAAAAUGUCAGGUUGUGUAAAUCUUUCUGUAGAUGGAACACUAACUGCACUAUAUUGAAUGUUUUUUUUUAUAUGAACUCCUGCAUGAAACAUAGUGGGCUCAUUUGUGUA